AGGAAAUCGCGUAAACUACCUGAAACCAUAAGUCCUGUGAUUAAUGAUUCUCAAAAGUUCUUCAAAGACAUAAAAAUAUUUAUCUUAAGUGCAGGAAUAGAAAAAGCUCGGUAUGAUAUUUUUCGAAAGCAGUCGGAAAAAUAUGGCGGCGUACUUGUAUCAGGAGUGGGUGACGAUGACAAGCCGGGUUACAUUGUUGUUGAUGAUAAAAUGGAAUUGGAUCGAAUGUGUAGACUUCUUAAAAUAGAUCAACCUCUCCCAGGUGUUAAAGUUGUUAAAACAUCUUGGUUAAGUGCGUGUAUAAAGCAAAAACAAUGUGUAGACUCCACUGCGCAUGAACUGGAUUUAUCUCCAUUGAUUCGGAAAAGAAAACAAGAAUUUGAAAAUGAUUCGGAGAAAGAAGAAGUCAAUAAUGGUGCGUCCGAAAACAAUAAAGAACAUAAACCAGUAAAAAUGUGGCAUAGCUACAAGAGAACAAAGGUUGAAGAGGAUGAGGGGGUGGAUCCAGAUAGUGAUUACGCUCCCAGUGAUGGGGAGGAUCCAGAAACCGUCCAGGGGCCCAGUACCAGCUCCACAUCAUCUACAUCACCAGAGAAGUUAAUUGCUAAAGGACAAUGGAUAUGUACCCAGUCAUCAAAAAAUGUAUCAGAAAAUAUGAAUGAGCACAUCACUAGCAAACUUGAGGAAAUGGUGAAGAAGUACCAGUCAACGAGUGAUCAGUGGAGAGCUUUUGGCUACCAGAAAGCCAUUCAGGCACUCAGAAAACACUCCAAACCAAUCACUUCAUGGGAGGAGGCAAGGGGACUGCCAGGUGUAGGAGCCAGAUUAGCGGACAAGAUCUGGGAAAUUGCUGAGAGUGGAGAGCUCCGUAAACUCAAUGAAUUUAAUGCAGAUGAAGACAUCAAAGUUAUAGAGCUGUUUACUAAUGUGUGGGGAGCUGGUGCCCAUACCGCAAGGCAGUGGUUUCAACAGGGAUUUCGAACUCUUGAUGACUUGCGAACUAAAGCCAAGUUGACCCACCAGCAGAAAAUUGGAUUGAAGCACUAUGAUGAUAUCCUGGAUAGAAUGCCAAGAACUGAGGCAGCAGCCAUAGAACAAGUGGUGAGGGAGGCAGCAGAGUUCCUUGUACCUGGGGUCAUUGUCCAGUGCUGUGGAUCAUAUCGCCGUGGGAAACCUACCUGUGGGGAUGUGGAUGUACUAGUGACACACCCUGAUGGGAAAUCCCACAAAGGCUUGUUCUCCAAACUACUAGCCAGGCUGAAAGAGAGUGGGUUCCUGACGGAUGAUCUUGUUUCCGCCGAGGACAACGGAAGUCAGAAGAAGUAUCUAGGGGUCUGUCGACUACCAGGGGAAAACCAAAAACAUCGAAGAAUUGAUAUCAUUGUUGUGCCAUAUGACGAAUACGCAUGCGCCUUGGUUUACUUCACAGGAUCAGCUCAUUUAAACAGAUCCCUGAGGUUGUUAGCAAAGAAAUCAGGGAUGUCUUUGUCGGAACAUUCCCUGAACACAGGAGUCAUUAGAAAGGGCAAUGAAAAAGUGUUUGAGGGGACUCCUCUUCCUACGCCAACAGAAGAAUCCGUGUUCAGACACUUAGGGGUGCCCUAUAGACCGCCAGAGGAGAGGGAUCAUUAAAGGAACGAGGGGCGUGAGGUGUCCUAGGAGGAUCUACAAUUUGUAACUAUUUGAUUCUGACUGAAAGAUAUCCCUUAGUAGAUAUUUAAACUGAAAAUUGUAUAAAUUAGCAGAAGUUGGCCUCGAUGAGACAUUGAUUUACGUUACAUAUGUGAAUUAAACGAAGAUUGUAUAAAAUGUAAGCAGAUUGUGUAGGAGGAAAAGUUAGGCGUAGAGAACAAAAAAGAAGGUCUGACUCAAUGAUAAAUUCUACCUAAAGAGGAAAGGGAACAGAAAUAUUUUUAGAUGCUGGACAAGAUUACUCAAGGCUAUAGGUCAUAGUAACACACCAUGACCUGAGUCACAAAUCUGCUGAUAUGUAGGUUUUUACUUUGUCAUGGCCCAUUAAAUGAAAAAAAGUCAUUAGGUAAUUAAGGAACAUCUAAGGAACACGUGACCCAUUAUGUCUGUGAUAUCAAACUGUCUCAGGUCAUACAAAUGAGCUUUCGAAUUGUGACUUUUAUAAAAUGAAUAUUUUCUUUUCUUUUUGAUCUUUUUUAUCAGACCUUUGCAUGUUUAAUAUUUAUAUUGUUCAUUUGUAUUCUGUUUGUAGAUUUUGCUGUUGUAUCCAAUUUUUAACCAUUCAUAAUACCUAUCUGUAAUUUAUUAUUGUUUUUCUAGAGCUGAUGUGCGUGGCGAAGUGUAGUCUAUAUGUUAAUACCGUUCAUUCACUUCACUUACGCGUGAAUAAUAAUAAGAUAAGUAAAAGGUUCGUUUUUCUAAGAAGCUAAUCAUUGGCUCGUUUAAAAUAAAGUUGUUUUUGUUUAUUAUUGUAGAAGUUAACCCAAAUGUCAUUGCUACGAAAACAUUGCAUAUUUUAAUCUGCAUUUUCUCUGGAAAAAGGGAAAGUUCUUAUAAGUGUUAAACCCCUUGUGUGUGUCUAAGGUGCAAUUAUGACGUCCACAAAUCUAGUCUUUUAUUUCUGCACUCAUACAGUAUAUCGUAAAAAAAACACGUGUCCAGCGGCGAAUAGUGGGUGUUAAGCUAUUAUUUGAAAAACGUUAACAUCUGUCCCUUGGACGUAAUUAUGUGUGUGUUUAGCUGUAGAUUUAUUUAUUUUAUUGAAAAUCAUUUCAUCUUAAUUAAAAACCGUUAAUUGCAUUCAUGUCUUUGCAUAUGAUUAGUCUUACAUCUGUGACUUUACUGGAAAUUAUGUAUUGAU